AUAAACUGUACCUCAUCCUGCUGAUCACUCUCUGACACCGUCCACAAGGCUUCUGCACCGAUUCCUCCUCUUCCGCUCCCCGGAGCUCCGCUCUCCUCCCUGCGUCUUCUCCUCACGUUCUCUCGACACCACCUCCAUCGCCAGCCGCCUCUCCCCACCACCCUCUGCCGCCAUGUUACCUGCUAAGCGCAACAAGGUCGACAUCAGCAAACUUACGGAGGAAGAGCAGAAGCUCUUCCGCCUCUACGGCAAACUCCCGACCCACAAGAAUGUUUUGACGAAGAUGCAGAAGGAUCGGAAGUACUUUGACUCUGGAGACUACGCGCUGAGCAAGGCUGGCAAGGCACCCCAGAACACCGUCGGUACCGCCAUCCCCAACCCCGAGAACAUCCCCCACGCCACCUCGCCCCCCGUGCAUCAGUCGCUCUCGGUCUCGCCUACCAAUUCGGUCUCAAACGCGGCCGCUCCUACGAAGGAAAGCCCGCUCGCGGAAGCACCCCAGCCCGAGGAGGAAGGAGCUGAGUCCGUUGAGACGAAGGAUGAAACCACCGCCAUAGUCGAGGACUCGGCAUGAAACACCCUCGACAGCCAACCUUGCUUAGUGGCUCUCACUGCCACACGCUCCGAGUCGUGUACUCAUGCAAUCAACCUCAGCGCGCAUGAUCGCUAUGCGCCGUCACGCCGCCGCCGCUGUCCUCUCCGCUCCUCCACCACUCUUUCCGUCCGUCGACCGCUGAUCUGGACACCUGACGUGCGUUGCCAUGCUCCGUCCCGUCAUCGUAACGUAUCCACCCUCGCAUCCACGUUGUGCCUCUGUAAUCCGUCACGUUUCCGUCCUAUCAUCUCAGACGCCCAAUGCCUAUCGUCUUCCUUCUAUCUGCUGUACUCAAGCAUAUACAUUAGUUGCCUGCAGAAGGUGCAGCUUGGCGUGCGUGCGCUGUAUGAGCAUGUGUACGAGAGCUCUGAACGAUGGCUUGUAGGAAAUCGAGCCGAUGUCUACUCAUUUCUCGUGCUCUCCUUGUACUGCCAUCUUGGAUCCCUCGAGCUUCCUCGCAUCGGGGCUCGAGUCCAUCGUUACCAAGCUACCCAGGUGGUGCAUUCUUCUCUGGGACUUGUGUCGCUCGGCACCCUUUGCUCUUUCGUCGGUGUCUUAUGCUGCCGCUGCUCCUUCGUGUUUCUGAUUGAAGAUGUACGAGGCCGUCCAUACGGUAUAAUGUCAUGUACCAUUGAGCGCAAAUCAUGGCUAUAUAUUUUGUUAUCUCUCG